AGGAAGGGGGAGGCCGGAAAUGAACGCGGCGGCCGAGGGCGAUGGCGGCGCCUACAAGCGGCGGUACCGGGCCCUGAAGCGGCGGCUGAAGCUGCUGCUCUAUGAGCAGGAAUGUUUCCAGGAGGAGCUGCGCCGAGCACAGAGGAGACUGCUGAGGGUGUCACGUGACAAGAGUUACUUACUGGACCGGCUCCUGCAGUACGAGAACGUGGAUGACGACUCCUCAGACUCCGAGGCCACAGCAUCAUCGGACAACAGUGAUGGGGAGGGGCCCAAGGGGGCGGAGCCUCCCCCAGCCAAGAGGAAGAGGGCCACGCCCCCUCCCUCCCCUCCCCCCUCCCUCCCAUUGGCUCCAUACAUGCUACCUCCGGCCCCGCCCCCCCCGCUGGGGCCCCUCCCCCCUCCGGCGCUGGCCCCGCCCCCGGCCCCUCCCCCCGUGCCCAGCACGGUCCCAAGGAGGCUGCUGAGUGAGGAGGGGGAGGGGGAGGGGGAGGGGAGCGGAGAUGAUGGAGACGGAGAUGAUGAGCUGGUGAUUGACAUCCCGGAGUGA